AUGUCCUGUCACUCAAGCAGGCCGUAUUUACACCUGAUUUACACGCGUGAACACGGAACUGAACACCCGCUGGACAGUGUUUCACCAACCGGCACGAUGUUGCUUAGUGUUGUGAUUUUUUGUGUAGCUUUGGUCAUAUUUGUAUUAAAAUAUGUCUUCGGCAGCUCCGGGCCUAACCCCUUUGAGAAGGACACUCGUGAACCGGUGAAAAAGAUGGUUCACAACAGGAAAGAGAAGAAUAAAGUGCUGAAGCAGGGAUUUUUGGCCAGUAAAGUACCUGAAAACCUGGAUGCGGUCAUCAUCGGCAGUGGGAUCGGUGGGCUUGGGCUUGCAGUGCUGAUGGCCAAAGUUGGAAAGAAGGUCCUGGUGCUGGAGCAGCAUGACCGGUCUGGAGGAUGCUGCCACACGUUCACUGAGAAGGGCUUUGAGUUUGAUGUUGGAAUCCACUACAUCGGGGACCUGCAGGAACACAAGCCGUUCCGCUGCAUGCUGGACAACAUGACUGACGGACAGCUGCAGUGGGAGCCUCUGGACAACCCUUAUGAUCAGGUCGUGCUGGGACCUCCAGAGAACCGCCGCAGGUAUCCCAUCUACAGUGGCAGGACCCGCUUCCCAGAGGAGCUGAAAAAGUGCUUCCCUGGAGAGGAGAAGGCCAUCGACGAUUAUAUCAAACUGUGCAAGAAAGUUGGGCGGGGCAUUUGGCUCCUCGCUAUGUUGAAGAUCUGCCCUGCCUUCCUGGCAAAGUUCCUGGUCUACACCGGUCUGGCCAAACGUCUGUCUUACUUCUUCAAAAUGGCCUCCCACAGCCUGACAGAAGUCGUCAAUGAACUGACAGAGAAUGAGGAUCUCAGGGCCGUCUUCACCUACAUCUAUGGCACCUAUGGUAACAUGCCAAAAGAUACCAGUUUCUCUAUGCACAGCCUGCUGGUCACUCACUACCUGAACGGUGCCUGGUACCCAAAAGGCGGAGCCAGUGAAAUUGCCUACCACAUGAUCCCCAUCAUUGAGAAGGCUGGUGGUGCGGUUCUAGUCCGAGCUCCAGUCAACCGCAUCCUGUUCAAUGACGCCAAGGAGGCUUAUGGUGUGAGCGUCAUGAAAGGCCAGGAGGAAAUACAUAUCCGCGCCCCCAUGGUCAUCUCUAAUGCUGGCAUCUUCAACACCUACGAGAAGCUGCUGCCCAAAGAGCUCCAGGCCAUGCCAGCCAUCCAACAGCAGCUGGGCAUGAUGAAGAACGGUCUAGGAGGCCUGAGUAUUUUUCUGGGUCUUGAAGGAACUAAGGAGGAUCUGGGCCUCAAGGCAGACAACUACUGGAUCUUUACCGAGAACAAUUUUGAUGAACUGACGGAGAAAUAUUUGAAUGGAAAGAGGGAAGAGUCAGCUAAAAGUGUACCACUUCUGUUUGUUGCCUCUCCAUCGGCUAAAGAUUCGACCUGGGAGGAAAGAUCACCAGGGAAGUCCACCUUGAGUCUGGUCAGUUUUGCAAAGUACGAGUGGUUUGAAGAGUGGAAGGAUGACAAAGUGAACAACAGAGCGCCUGAAUACAAAGAGCUGAAACAGAUAUUCAUUGACUCGAUUCUGGAGGUGCUGAUGGAUAUCUUCCCCAAGAUAACCAGAGACAAGAUUGAGUACAUCGAUGCUGGCACUCCCAUUACAAACACACACUACAUCGGAGCCCCCAAGGGUGAAAUCUACGGAGCGGAUCACGGCAUCGCCCGAUUCAGCCCUGAACUCAACGCUACAGUGCGACCUCAAACUCCUCUGAAGAACCUCUAUCUGACAGGUCAGGAUGUGUUUCUGUGUGGCUUUGCUGGCGCUCUUGCAGGAGCUCUCACCUGCGGCUCCGUCAUUCUCAACCGCAACCUCCAUCUGGAUGCCAUUUCUUUGGCAAAGAAAAUUAAAUAUGCCAAAUCGAAAGAAGAUUAACUGCCUGAACGUAUUCAGCUGAGUGCGGUUAUACUGUAAUUAUUCAGUAACUGAGCUAACCCCUCACUCACAAAAAAAACUUUUGUUUUAUGCGCCCUAGAAAAAAGACUUCCACAUAACAUUGAACAAAUGAAAGAAAAGUGGAAAGAUGAGUUUUCCAAUCCGACAGAUCAACACUUAGCUGUGCUAACACUUAACAAAUAUGCUUAGCCUACCUACAAUAAUUCAUGUUUGAAUACCUCCAAUUUUAUACAUUGUGUGUAAUGUAAGAUUUGCAAUGUUUCAGCAGCCAACCUGCCUUAUCAGAGCUAACAAGACCUCAAUUAUUUAUGCAAACCAAAGUUUGAAAUAAUAUGCAGCUUGUUGUGUGAUAUUUUAUUCUAAACUGCCUUUUUAGUUUGCUCUGAGUCUAAACACUGACUGAUGGUUUUGCAGUUUGUAACAUGUUUACAAAGCUUCUGCCCUCUUUAAUAUUAAAAGGGUAUUUACUAUUAA